AGCGCCUGUUCAUCCCGUCAGGAAUGCACAAGUAUCUUUACUACCAGAAUCCGACUUUUUGAGGAACAGCAAGAGAUAAAAACCUCAGCUGAUAUUGGCUUCAAGUGAUCUAUGUUGUGACCAUGGCUGGGAACAUCCUCAUCGUUGCGCUAGUUGUGGCUGAUCAGCACCUGCACACCCCUAUGUACUUCUUCCUGGGGAACUUGUCCUGCUUGGAGACCUGCUACAGCUCAGCCAUCCUGCCCAAGAUGCUGGCCAGUCUCUUGACUAGGGACAGAAACAUUUCUGUCCCUAGGUGUAUAGCACAAUUUUAUUUUUUUGCUUCACUGGCAGCUACAGAAUGUUGUCUCUUGACCGCGAUGUCUUAUGACCGGUAUUUAGCAAUAUGUAAACCUCUGCGCUACGCAGCCCUUAUGAACGGCAGGCUCUGCCUCCAGCUAGCAGCCGGAUCUUGGCUAAGCGGCUGUCUGGCCACUCUCAUCAUAUCAUGCUUGAUGUCACAACUAACCUUCUGUGGCCCCAAUGAAAUAGACCAUUUCUUCUGUGACUUCACCCCAGUAAUAAAACUGGCCUGCAGUGACACCAACUUGAUCUUGGUGUUGGAUUUGCUCCUGGCAUCUCUUUGCACGCUCUUCCCGUUUCUGUUAACCCUGUUGUCUUAUGUUUAUAUCAUUGUUACCAUCCUGAGAAUCCCUUCCACCGGCGGCAGACAAAAGGCCUUUUCCACCUGCUCCUCGCACCUCAUCGUGGUGACGACGUUCUAUGGGACUAUCAUUAUUGUCUACAUGCUACCGAAAUCUGACACGUUGAGAGACCUGAACAAAGUGUUCUCUGUCUUCUAUUCUGUCCUGACCCCGCUGAUCAACCCCCUCAUCUACAGCCUGAGAAACAAGGAGGUCAAGGAAGCUCUGAGCAGAGUGAUCCAUAAAUGUGUCGCUUUCUCAAGAACUCAGACAUCCCUAGCCAGUUCUUUUAGGCUGAAAACAAACCAAGAUGACCUGAGCUGA